CUCAUUUUCUGCUUAAAGUAGUCUCCCUUGCCAACGCCGCUCUUCUCUCUCUCUCUCUCUCAUAUGAUCUGUAAAGCCAAAUGGAUGGAAGCUCAGAAAUUGCCGUGACCAAGUUGAGGAAAUCAGUUCAAAAGCUCGGGUCUUCCACCGAGGAGCAUGGAGACCCAACACUAAUGAGGUUCUUGAUUGCAAGAUCAAUGGACCCAGACAAGGCAGCCAAGAUGUUUGUUCAGUGGCAGAAGUGGAGGGCUGCAUUCGUGCCGUCCGGGUUCGUACCAGACUCCCAAGUGCAGGAUGAGUUGGGGGCUCGAAAGGUUUACUUGCAGGGUUUGUCUAAAGAGGGAUACCCUGUCAUGAUUAUCAAAGCAAGCAAGCAUCUCCCUUCCAAGGAUCAACUUCAAUUCAAGAAAUUUGUUGUUCAUCUCCUGGACAAAACAAUUGCCAGUUCUUUCAAAGGAAGCGAAAUAGGAAAUGAGAAGUUGAUUGCAGUUCUUGAUCUGAAACAAAUUGCUUACAAAAACAUUGAUGCUCGUGGGUUAAUAACUGGUUUUCAGUUCCUACAGUCAUACUAUCCUGAGCGCUUAGCCAAGUGUUUCCUAUUAGAUAUGCCGUGGUUUUUUGUGAGUGUUUGGCGGAUGGUUUCUCACUUCCUUGAGAGAGCAACUUUAGAAAAGAUUGUGAUUGUGAGCAAUGAAAAUGAAAUGAGGGAGUUCAUCGGGGAAAUAGGCGAGGCAGCCCUACCGGAAGAGUACGGUGGUCAGGCAGAGCUUGUAGCCCUCCAAGAUGUUGUACUUACCCCAGUGGAGAGGCGAUUUUUUGAUGUCAUCUCUUUUUCUUGCACCAUGUGUCUUGGUCUCUUACCUCGAUGGAGGGGCAAAGGGGUUGAUGGAGAAAGAGUAACCAAGGAUUGAGUGAGGCGACAAUAGCUCACUAAAACCAUGGAGAAGCAUACAAAGUUGAGGACAAAUAUCAUGAUGUUUGGUGACCAAAAAAUGGCGCAACAAAAACAAUUAUUGCGAAGCAUAAUAUUUGUAAAACAUCAUUA